GGAGGGAGGGCACAGCCUCCAACGAGACGGCAUCCAGACACAUCUCGGCUCCUUGCACAGUGCGGGCAGGCGGGAACAGCUCAGCUGUGCAAGUCCUCUCCCUCCAUCUGAAUGAAUUGGCAGCUGCAUUAAUAGAUUACACCACGGAUUUGCAUUUCCGAGAGGGGAGAGGAUAAAUAACAUCUGUAUAUAUAUAUAUAUUCCGUUCCCAUCUCUCUGGGCGGCAGCAAGGAGUGGCUUGGCGGAGUCAGCGCCUCGCGUUGUGGUUCUGACAGCACACACUCUCACACACAGAGCGAGGUUGGGUCCGAGAGACGGAUGCAAUAAUCCACUAGAACAAGGAUUUAUAAUAUUUUAUUAAGGCUUUUGUUUCCACUCAAAAAGAAAACACUUAAAAUAACCCGUGGCCAUGGAAGAUUGGGAUGCACCACAAUUCAAGAUGGAAGUCGAUAGUCUGAAGUAUCAACUGUCCUUCAAGAGGGAAAUGUCUUCCAAAACUAUCCCUGACUUUGUGAAGUGGAUAGAAGAAGGAGUUCCAAACGACCCAUUCCUCAACCCAGAACUAAUGAAGAGCAACCCGUGGGUAGAGAAAGGCAAAUGUGCUAUACUUUGACGUCUUCAAACUGCUCCUUGUGUAAGAAAAUUGAUUUGUAAAGAGAGAGACUCUCUAGGAGAAUUUUGUUGGCAAUGUCUUUUAAAUUCUUAAACACAUGCAUCACGUUUUUUGUACAUUUUAUGGUAAUUCCAAGCAAAGUCAUUGUAUGAUUGAUAAUUAACUUCUUUGUACAAAUAGAAAGAAGCAAUGUAGAUGACAAAUAAAGCAAUAAUGAAUGAUA